AUGGCGAAAUCAGUUAGAUUUCGAAUCAGCCAUUCAAGCAGCGAAGAGGUGUCGACGGCCUCAUCAAUCAGUACACAAAGAGCUGGUAAAGAUAUCCCGGAGGAUGCACCAAUAUUUUGCUGUUGUCAGUUCAAUAUUGUUCUUGAAAUUCUGUUGAUGAUGACAUCAUUGUCUGGAGCACUGAUCUUUGCUUCAUACAUAAUGUACACAGCAGCAUAUGUUGAGCUAAUCAUCACUUUGUUUGGGAUUGUUGUUCCGCUUUACGCCAUUUGGGCAGCCUAUAGAAAAAAACUCAAUGAGUUGCUAAUUAUUGGCAUUUUCGGAAUCAUUUAUGGAUUGUACUUCAUCUACAGAAUUAUCCGCCUUAUGGAUCUAUAUUUUGGUUACAAGGGAGAAGAGGCCAUAAUCAGAGCGUAUCAUAGCAUAAAUCAAGAUACAGAUAACGUCCCUAUAUUAGCAGGCAUCACAUAUAUUGUUGCAUUCACUGUAAAAAUCGGACAUUUGACUCUUGUGUUGGUGGUUAGUACUAUGUGCUUAAAAAUCAAAUAUUUCAAAGUUGAACCACUGUCGCAACUGAGCUCGCGAGCCUCGAAAGAGGAUGUCGACGACGUACAUAAUCCUGAAUAA